AAAUGAGUCAGCUAUUCUAGAGAUUUAAUGACAACUUUCAUGCUAAUUUGAAAUGAUCCAUUCUCCACAGAUGGCAUGAAAUGAUUAUAGGCAGUACUAUAUGUAUCUUCUAUUGACUCUGGUUCACUCAAUCAGAUACCCUCUCAAACCAUUAAAGCACAGUGCCCUAGCCAAGGAGGUGAGAGACUUAGCUCCCUGCGACAACUGUCUUCAGGCAGAUAAAUAUAAAAAGUCGUAAAAAAUCUUCACAAACUUGUUAGGAACUGAUGUUAACCAACACAUUCCCCUCCACCCACUCCAGAUUCUGGAUAACAUGGUUACCUUGGUAAAAAUGGUAGGUAAAACAUUGGGUCAAAAAUAAGAAGCUACCCUGGGGUUAUGGAGUGAUAGAAAAGGAGAGGCCUCAAUAGGCCUCUUUUAAUGAUUUAUGUUUUUUUGUGUGGGUCUAUCUCUCUUUAGGGUAUAAUUUCCAUCCAGAAUAACAACUAUAAACAAUAAAGCAGUAAAAGUUCCCCACCCCCACCUCUGCUUGCACUCGUACUAUGACCCUUUUUGCACAUUGAAAUGCUCCGGCCCCUUCCAGGCAUGUCAGAGAAGAGACAUCGCUCCAUAAUUAUCGACGAGUGAGGUGUGCUUGGCAGUGGAAAGUAUGGAAAAUGAGAGCUCUGACCCCCUUAGGCUCUGUGUGAUUUGGGCAACUCUGUAAUGGAAAGAUUAAAAGCAGCCCCCAUCCUCCAUUCCAAUAAACAGAUUAAAGGGGAUUGGCCUAUAUAUAAAGACGUUGCUAAGAGCUGAGAGAAUAUUUUUGAGUCUGCUUAAAACCACAACAUACCAACAACCAAACAAACAAACAAACCAGGGGAAUUUAUUUAAUGCAGCCCCUUUCUGAGAAAGACACCAGAGGAGACGAGCAGGGCAGAGACGAGCAGAGCAGUUGUUCCUCCUCUCAAGUGAGAUUAGCCAUUUUUUCUCUCUCCCCUUCUCACCCACCCUCAAAACUGUUUUACUCUCCGCACAUGGAACAUGAGGAGGAUGAGGAUGUUAACUUUGCCAAGUGGAUGAGCAGCUUCUGGGGGCACAGCGGGCCAGAUGAGGCAAAGAGGGAUCGCAGAGCCAGCUGGAGAAGGAAGCCCAGGGUGGAGACUAAGAGGAGAGCCUCGCUGCCCUGUCCGGCCCAGCUGUCUGCGAUGCACCUGACCAGGCUGCAGGUGUCCCCGAUGGGGUCAUCUCCUGUCUACCUGCAGAGCUGCAAGGAGCCCCGUGAGGAGAAGGAGUUCAGAGGCCACAUGAAAGUGCGCAGAGCUUCCUCCUCUGGAGAGACCCACCGGAAAGCUGAAUUAGUCCCAGAGAACCGAAUUGGCACCAUCCACGAACUGUCUGAAUCCUUCGAGAGGAGGCUCCGCUUCCAUAGUCGACAAGCAGCUUCCCAGGGUGAAAAUGAUGACCCCUGUGUGAUUUGUCAUGAUAGCCUCAAGAAUUAUGCUGUUACAGAACUCCACUGCAUGCAUAAGUUCCACAAAGAGUGCAUUGAGAAGUGGCUGUGGAAGAGACAGACAUGUCCAACGUGUCGGAUCCAAGUGGUUGAGCCAGAACCUUUCUAUUGGUCCUCAGCCAGGAUGAAAUGACAAAUGACAAGAUCUUGAAUUCCCAUUUGCUGCUGCUCCUAAAUGCUCCGAGUUGGGCUGACUGCCACAGCCAAUUUAAAAAAGCAGGACCUGGGAUCAAGAGAGUCUGCUUACACUUUUGUCUAUCCCCCUUCACUUUACACGUUUGUCAAACAUAAAGUACAUCAGAAUGCCUUGUUCCCCUGCAGAAUGAUGCUGGCAUUUGAACACUAUGUAAGGGCAGUAUAAGAAAAAAGAAAAAAAAACACACUUGUAGCACACACACUUUUGUGUAACCAGGUUCAGUGUAGACUGCUUUAUUGAAUGUACAUAUUAGAGUUCAACAAAUACUGCAUAUGUUUCAGUCAUUCUGUGGAACUACGCAGUUGACCAAAUGACAGCUGACCAAGUGAUUUUUAUUAGUUGUUUGGUUAAAUGGCUCGUUUGACAGAAUGACUGUAACAUAUACACACUUUAGUGCACAGAAGCACAUGCCAUUGAUGCAUUGAAUCAUCACUACAUCAAACACAUACCACUCUCCUCUUCCAUAUCACACUAGUUAAAGUACCACCAUUGGCUUAACCUUAGAAACCCUCCACUUUGAGCAUGACAGCUUCCAGUGUACAUCAGUGUAUUAUGGUUUUGUAAAUUACUGUAAUAAUGCUAAAUAGUUCAUUCCAGUGUGAGCUGACGAGAAGCUUUUGUUUCUUGUGAAGUCCUGGAAUUCUCAGCUAAAACAUUUCAUUAUGUAAUAGGAUAUUUACUUUUUGUAUGCAAUUAUUAUUCUACUAUUGCUAUUACUAUUCAUAUUAUUAUACUCUACUUUCAGUUCAGUAUAUUCUGGUGUACUGCAUUGUGCACAUUGUGGUUGUAUCAGGCGCUGGCCAGUUAGAAUACAAUGGACUGAGUGUUGAAGGUGCAUCUUGUUCAAUUUGCACAUCUUUUUUUAAACAGUAAGUACAAACAUAUUAAAUUGUAUAUGAUUAGAAUUGCAUGUUAUUUUUUUGUUCAUGUUUAGGUUUAGUAGUUAGAUUACAAUGCUUAUUUUACAUAACAGGAAACAAGUUAUAAAGUUAAUUAACUUUGUCUGCUUGUCAAAAGCUAUUAUUUCAGAUAGGCUUUGUGGUGUUAAGUCAAGUUCCAGUCAACUCGUGCCAUUUGGUUUGGAGUUGAAAUCCAAUAAUAGUGCCCUGAUUGUAUAGAUUUUACUUGAUGUCCAUUUCCAUAUCAAAUCUCACAUAUGCAUGUUUGACAGAAGCAGUUUGGCAAGAAUCUUGUAACUAAACAUCUCGUUGCUAUUGACUUACUUUCAGGGAGUCUGUUGUUUCAUUUCCUGGGUGAAGCAACAUUUUUCAGAUGACUUGAACUCACGUUUUGGGCAGCUGAGGAAACUUUUCUAAUAACUUUAGUGUUGAAUUAUUUUACCCCUGCUCCUCUAAAGCUGUUUGGCACUCAACAGCUAUCUAAAUUCCGGCACUAUAAGAACAACAAGAUCUUAUGGAAAAGCAAGAAGGGAACCAGUAUAAUCUUACAAACCACAGUACUACCAUCCACCAAUCACUAAGCUCCCUUUGAGGGCACUACCUCAAGAUAGAUGACUAUACCUUCUUUUUGCAUUAGUAGUCCCCUGCUGGUCCAUAUCACAUUUGGUUUUUCAAUUAAUUAAUCAAUUUGUGUAGCAGUUCAUGAAUUCAUUUGUCAAUUCAUCCAUACGAAAGGCUUGACAGGCUUCUGGGUGAACUGAUUGCUCCCCGAUUGACCUGUGAAUUAAUGAAUUGAAAGAUGAAUCGAAAUCAAAAAGGCGUAACCAUUUCUAAAUAAUAAUAAUAAUAAUAAUAAUAAUAAUAAUAAUAAUAAUAAUAAUAAUAAUUUAGUUUUGUAUAGCGCCGGGAGCAUUUCUUUACAAUAUUUGUCAGGAGCCCCGCUGACUAUUGCGAUCCAAUGUUUAUUAUGCAACAUCAAUAACAUCUUCAGAUACUUAAGAUGCAAUCACGGAGAAGCCAUUAACUAAACUGCAACAUUCCAACAACAUCGUUAAAAUGUUGUGUCAGGGUUUGUCUGCCCCUUUUAUUGCUUUCCUGUUUUCUGUUAGCGCUCAUCUCAUAAUCGCAACAGCAUCUGAAACAUAUCAUCCUUGCAUAUUGUCAUUGAAGUCUUGCUACAUUUCCACUGUGCCACCUAUUGACUGAAAUUUACUUUGCUGCUUUAUUGGAAAUAUUGCUAAUGGAUUUUUUAACCUUUUGACCUAAAAAAAAGACUUGUAGUAGAAGUCAAUACUUGUCCUUUACCAGCUACAAAAGGUACAAUACAUGUAUUUCUCUUCUGCCUCUUUUGUAAAUGUAUCUUCCUAGGGAUCGAAGCUCUGAUGUCUCAGUGAGGUCAACUGUUGGACAGGAAGACGAGCCCCUGGGCUCAUCAGUCUAUGCAAUACUAAUCUGUAACAUCACCAGCACCAGCAAAACACAAAUGGCUUUUGUUUGGUUAUCAUUAUAGUUCAUCCAAAACUCUGCGUGGUUAAUUAAAGACUUUGCAAGACAAGUAUACAAGCUACGAGUUCACAUUGGCGUGAUUUGCUAUUAGGCAAACACUCUUCUAGUUGGAUUUGAUUCAAUCUAUUCAAGGAGAUCUGCUGUCAAACCAUCCAAGUACAAAAGGUUGACUGCAUUUACAUGUUUUGAUGGAGCAGCAGCGGGAGUCUGUUACUCUGUCAUACCUAAAUAUUGCCUGCUUCAUUGAGCUUGGGAGAAAAGUGGGCAGGUCUUCAUUCAGACAAAUCUUAAAAUACACACGAAAUAUGAAACCUUCAACUUCUCAUCUAUCAGGAGAGGAGUGAAAUAACACUACAGUUAAUUAAAAUGUAAAAUGGUCUGUGCUGAGGUUAAAUAAUCAAGUGUGCCAGCAGAUACACUGGGCUGGAUCAGAGCAAUAGAAAACAAGGCAGCUGUUCUCAUUCAAACAACAGGGUUUACAGCUCAAUGAAAUGGAUUUCUGUCCUUUCAGCUGGUUACUAUAGAUCAGGGCUUCUCAAACUCGGUCCUGGAGACCUGCUGAUUUUCAUUCCAA